CGACAUUGAUGAUAAUGAUGGACGAUGGCAGGGAGGACUACUAAUGCGAAUUCCAAGGAAAAAAUAUGGUCGUUUGACGUAACAGAUCCAACAUUGCAUCCCAACGGUUUCACGAUAUACAAAGUAACAUGUAGGGUUUUCAUCAUCAGAUCCCCAGAAAGUUUAACAGAGGUGGUGACUUGGAAAAGAUACAAUGACUUCAAACAGUUGUACAAAUCCAUGUUGUCUUUACACAAAGCCUUGCAUAGAAAGGAGGAAUUUCCAAAGUUUGCAAGGCCUUUACUAUUUGGGAGGUUUGAUGAGGCUGUCAUUGAGGAGAGACGACAAAGUGCCAUUAAACUGCUGCAGUUCAUUGGAAAACACCAUUAUCUGUAUAAUUCCAAUGACUUCAAAGCUUUUAUCAAGACUGCUAGUGAGAUUAAAACCGGAGCUUCUGGAGAGGUGCUAAAACCUUCUAAGCUUGACAUUCUGACUGAGGACAAAGGUGAGAGGUCAGAUAACAAAUCACCAUUAACACCAACCAAUCAGUUGCCUAGGGAGGAGCUAGACAGCCCCGCCUCCAGUGAGGGAAUGACCGACAAAUCAGAGCAGAAUGGAGAGGAAGAGCUGGAUGGUGUGUGGAACUUUCCCCAGUUACCGGACAACAUCAGCCUGAACUCGUAUGAUGACACAGAUGACACAGACACAGGGGAGAUGGAUUCCACCCUCGGAACGCCCCUCCCUGACUCUGACAUCUCUUUCUUUGACCCCCUGAUGUCUGAUGACCAGCUGCAGCCCCCGGAAUCCACAUUGAGGACCAGUAAUAGCUGGCUAUUUUUAGCCAUGAACACCUGUGCAGAAAUGGAAAAAGAGCUACACAUUGAGGACCAAGAUAUGAGGACAGACUCUGAUGCAGGAAUACAGAUCUCAUUUGAAAAGGAAGAAAACCAAGACAGGCAUGUUAGUCAUGAUGUAGCAGAGAGAACUCAACCUACCACAAAACCAACAAUUCCUGAUACAUCGGAGUUUGAUCCACUGCGGAAAAAGAGUGGAUCAAAAGUGGAAUGUGGGAAAGGAGACAUUGAUUUAUCUGGGCUAUCUGGUAUAAGUUCAGCCAAUCAGAGCCCUUCAAAAUCUCUUCUGCAAAAAUUACCCAGAAGUCCUUUCAAGACACGAAGCAUGACAGCAGAGAGUGUGUCCACUAUGGAUCUGGGUGGGAAGGAGGAUUACAUCUAUUUAGCAGCCAAUCAGAUUUGUCUGGCUCAGGAGUGUGAGGCCAAUGCUAAAUACGACUUGGCCUUCAGUUACUACAAAAGUGGCGUGGAUACACUUCUAAAAGGGGUGCAGGGUGACAAGAACAAGGCCAGAAGAGAUGCAGUGCGGAGGAAGACAGCUCAGUACUUACUGAAGGCGGAGGAUCUAUACAACAGGCACCUGUCCAAAGACAUUCUGGAUGACAGGAGAUGGGCAUCAGAGAAUAGUAAAAUUCCACUAUCAAUGGACCUUGAUCCAGGAGUUGCAAUGUUGAAAGGAUCCCUGGCUGAAAUGAAGAAUUUUAAGGUGUUAGGUACCAUUGACAAAGUGAUGCUAGUGAUGGAUAAAACUAAUGAUGAAACUUAUGUUGUCAAGGUUGUUCACAAGGCAAGCUUCUGCACCAAGAAGUUGAGGACGGUGCUUCCCUCCAGCAGCCCAUACAGUGUGAGUCUCCACAAGUUUUACGAGACCGAGUACGGUAUAUUUCUUCUCCUGCACCACGCGACAGGAGGAAAACUGUGGAACUACAUUGGUUCCUAUCUCACAGGGAGGCAAGGAUCCAAACAGUUCGGAGAUGUAGACAAUUCUCAGGUUUACGAAGGAAAUGUGUACUCAGGUGUCAAGUUACAUACGGAUGAUAAUGCAAUCCCUAACUCUAAUGAGUCUCAUAAGGGCAAAGAAAAUCAAACAAGUGUGUUGAAAAUCUUACAACAAACUGGAAACACUGAUUUGGAAUUUAUGACAGGCAGGAAUAUUUUAGCAGAAGAAAUCAAAGAUAUAACUGUCCGAUACUCUAACAAUAAAUCUGCUACCAGUGUUCAAGAUAAAACGUCAGAGUCAGGACCAUCAGGGAAGAAGCCGGACUACAGUAGAUUUGAGAGUAUAUCCUCGGAGGAGAAUUUUAACGAGAGUGAUACAUCAGAACUCAGGAGUCACUCAUACGAGAACAGAGACUCGAGUUUCCAGGAUCUCUUAAAAAGUAACACAACCCACCUAGAAAACUUCAGCAUUAACAGUUUUGACAGCACGGAUGAUCAUAGUCGACUGAACAGUUUUGUGUCCGAUCAGGUGGCCACUAUUUUGGAGGAAAGUGAGUUGUCUCCCUCACAUUCUCUCCCUAGGAAUGAGUCAGAUAAUGUGUUCAGUGAGGAGGGGAUUGAGUUGAGACUUCCUGAGGAUGCUGAGUCUAUAGUUCAGAGUGCUAGGGACCUAAUUAAAUCAGUGGAACGGACGUUAUCGGAGUCCGAUACUGAGGUCAAGAAAAUGUUGUAUGGUGAUGAUAAAACAGUUCAGGGUAAUGACAGGAGUAGUGAUACUGUUAGAAAAUCAGACACUGUUUUAUCUGGUAACAGCAGUGAUACAAUGGUAGACAGUGACUCUAAUGAACUCAGUAUUUAUGAUAUUCACCGAAACAGAGAAGAGACUAGUUCUUCAGGAUCCAGUGUGGAUCAGCAAAAGUGCCAUAUUGUUGGGGGUAUUAGCCCACCAGAGGACUCUGUCUGUGAUAGGAAAGAUACGCUAGUCAACUCUCCAAGGAAUGAUUUCCCCACAGAUCUCUCUGAAGGUCAGAGUAGGAAGUCCUCAAGGUCAUCAACUCUGACUGAAAAUGUGGAAAAGAAUAGAAACAUUCCAGUAGCAAAGUUAUCUCUAACAAGAUUAAAUUCUGUGGAGUUGUGUCGGUCUGCUCCCAUGGAACAUGAACUGACAUCCCCUCCCAGGUCACGACAGAGAACAGUGUCAGACGUAUUCCAGGAACUUGACCUGGCUGCCAGUAAAACUGAGCAGAUUCUGAUCCCCGAGGCCUGCAUCAAACAAUGGAUGGCAGAGAUCGUGAUUGCCGUGGCCAGGCUUCACUCUCAGGGCAUCAUAUGCAGGGAUUUGAAACCAGACAACAUACUGCUGGGAGAGAGAGGUCAUGUCCUACUGACCUACUUCUGUACCCUUAGCCAGGUGGAACAAGGACUGGAUCCUUUAGCUAUUGAGGAACUCUUUGUGGCACCAGAGGUUAUAGGCGUGGGUGGAUAUAACGAGAGCUGUGAUUGGUGGAGUGUCGGAGCGCUAAUGUAUGAACUACUUGUCGGCAGAAGUCUGAUAAGCUGUCAUCCAGGUGGAAUCACAUCUCACUCCCCCAUCUAUCUCCCUGAACAUAUUUCACAGGAGGCUCAAGGACUCCUAAAACAGCUUUUGUGUUUUAAUCCCCGAGAGCGACUUGGUAACGGUAUGAAUGGUGCAGAGGACAUUAAAUCACAUCCAUUUUUCCAAGAUAUCAACUGGAACAGUUUAGAGAAUUCCUGAUUCCCACAGAUCUACUUAUACUGUUAUGACACUUAUUGACAAUAACACAACAACGUUAUAAAUAGGGCAUCGAGUCGAGGAAUCGUCAGGAGAGAGCUGAAUCUUCCUCUUUAUUGCAGAUCAGAAACUGCUGGAACAGUGACAUGGAUGAUACAAGUGCUAACUGUAGCUAUUUAAUUAUUAAUUCAUUAAUACCACAAUUAAUUUCUACCAAUAUUGUGGUUUAGUUUAAUAAUAGACAGUUCUGUUGAUGUAAUUUGUAAUGAACCAUACUGUACAGUAAGCAAGAGAAAGUCAAUGCAGUUUUACAUAAUUCCUCCAAUCAAUUCCCACCAGAUAGGUAGUACACUUUGUUUCCAUUUUUUCAUAACAUUUUAUUUCAUUAUUUAGUGCUUUUACUACAUCAUAUUUUAGAAUGGAGGCUUCACUGUUUUUCUACAUUUAAACUGUAUGUUGCUCAUGCAUGUUUAUGUAGACUACAUGUAUGUUUGUGUUUCACAUUUAUGUCCUAAUCUAUCUUCAUCACUUAAUUAAGUUUGAUGCAAAAUAAUGAUGCUUUAUAAUUAAUUUAAUCAUGUAUUUUAAAAAUACGUUUGAUUGUAGCAUUUUUGACCAUACAUGUAUAGUAUCUAUAUAAGUUAGUGAUGAAUUCAACCUAUUUGUUAUGGUGUAUUCUACAUGACAAGUUAAUAAUUCAGUAUCCCUCCCCCAAUUUAAAGAAAAAUAUAUUUCUAAAUAAUUUAUAAUGUAAAAGUUCAGAAUUUGGGCAUUAAAAAAAUAGUUCUCUUAAUCCUCCUUGAACACACUCUAUAAGAAAUUCCUUUGUAUGCUUUGGCUCAUUUUACUUGAUACUGUCAUCUCCUUUAGGAAGUUUUCAAUUGAUGUGGUGGUUUGAUUUACAGAAAUACUGCAAUGAAAGAUUUGAAUUGAUGUGAAAUAAAACCAGUGGUAACAUAUAAAAUUGUUAUAUACCGGUAUGUGAUUUAAGUGUUGUGGACAUAUUUUACCAUUUGAAUCAUUUCAAGAAUACAUUAUUAAUAUUUUUCGAUACAAAUGUACAUUUUUAAUGUUUUAAAAUUAUUUAAUAAUGAUGGUCUUACAUGUAUUUGUAUUAGACAUCUUCUGUUUUGAGAGGUUAAGUUUUGCUGUAAAACAGAUCUGAGAGAAUCAGGGAAGCUGGAAAGUGGAAACACUUAUGCUGAAAUUGUUCUUUUCUCUCCAAAAGCUGGAGUUUUUAUUGUUGAAUAAAUAACAAAAGAACUGAAAGAUGAAAGCUGUGAAGGUAAUCAACUUCAGUACUGCAAGAUUGUUCAUCUUGAAGGAUAGACAAACAACAAUAUGUUGUAUUUCUGGGGGAUCUGAAUUCCACAUUUUCUGAUACAGUUUAACUUCAGUAUCUCAAACAUCAAUGAUUCCCAACCACUUUUUCUUAAUGUAUUUUAACUCAAUAUCACGAAUUCCUUAGAUAUCUCCACAUUUUUUCUCGGCCCUAAUAAGAUUGAGAUAACAACCAUUGCACUGAUUUUUCAGUUUCCUGUUGCCAACUUCUUCCUUUCUUAUUGUGGUUAAACUUCAGAAUAUUUCCAGCUUCUUCCAAGAAAAGGCUGAACCAAUUUCAACUACUUUUGAUAUACAUGUAUAAAAUUUAUAGGUGAAGGGAAAAAAAGCUUGAAAUUUUAUGAUUCCUACCCCUUGAGUAAGGGUUGAAUAACAACAAAAUUUAAUACUAUAGCAAGUAUUCAAAUAUCUCUGUUCUUUCUACCAUAAUUGAAAUCAAGCUGCAAAAUUGGCGGCAUUCAAAAUGAGUAAUAAAAGUUAUGAAAUUUAUUACCCCCAGGAUUCGAGCCAUGGGUGAAAAAUGCUUUAUACUGGUAUUUAAUAUGAUUCCACAACACCAAGUAGGCAAACCUUUUGGAGGUGAACCAAUGAGUUCUUAAUUUAAAAUUUGAGAUUCAUUCCCUUUGGAUUUGGGGGCUCAAAGCUGUGAUAAGUUUGUCCUCUAUUGUUCACCAAAAAGAACAAUAAAAGUUUGUUUGGGCCAUAAUUUACAACAGAGCAGCAUAAAAAACUUGAGUAUGAAUAGAUUAUUUCCUAUGUCUUAGGUAAUUAUUGGAAACUCAUGACACUCAGGUGAGACCGUCGAGGCCCACUACUCAAUUUACAGAUAUUUGUUUUAAAAGCAACUUAAAUUGUGGUAAUUUUUCCCCCAUACUUUUUUUUUUAUUAAGUACAAUGUCUGCUUUCACUACCAACCUGUUUUUAAAAAUGAAGUGCAAUUUGUUGAAAAUAAAAAUUUUAUAUUCCAAGUAAA